GUUAGGUAAUGGUUCUUACGAUUAUUGAAAAUUAUGAUUAUGAUUCAUAAAAUGUGAAACGAAACAGCAACAAACUGAUCUUUGUUUACCUAGUUAUUCUUUUUGAAUGUCAGAUAGUGAUUUUGAUUCAGCUAAUGAAAGUACAGCUUUAAUCAUGGACGGACAUGUAGUUCAGGUUAGACCAGAUAAUAUUGGAGACAAAACGGGAAGAAAACGUAAAACAAAUCAGGGUGCCUCAGGAUCCUCGAACAGAUCGAGGGCAGGAGGUGAUGGGCAGGGACCUCCAGAACCCAACCCUAACCAAAUACAAAAUGAAAUUGAGCCACAAGAUUGGGAUGAAGAGGAAGAGCUUAAAUAUGGAGCAGCCCAUGUCAUCAAGCUCUUUGUCCCGGUAUCACUUUGCAUGCUGGUGGUGGUUGCCACCAUGAAUACUGUAGGCUUCUACAAAACUAAGGAUGUUUAUUUAGUAUAUACUCCAUUUCAUGAAGAAUCCAAAGAAACAGGAACGAAAAUUUGGAAUGCUGUAGCUAAUGCCCUGAUUUUGAUGGUAGUCAUUGUCAUUAUGACUGUGGUUCUUAUUCUUCUAUACAAGUAUCGUUGUUAUGAGAUCAUUCAUGGCUGGCUGAUCAUGUCAUCUCUGAUGUUGCUGUCCAUAUUCUCUUAUCUCUACUUAACGGAAAUACUCAGAGCAUUCAACAUUCCCUGUGACUAUUUCACCAUAGGCAUAAUCAUGUGGAAUUUCGCCACGAUGGGUAUGAUUUGUAUUCACUGGAAAGGACCCCUGAGGAUGCAACAAGCCUACCUCAUAUUUGUUGCAGCAUUGAUGGCACUAGUGUUCAUCAAAUAUCUUCCCGAGUGGACUACAUGGGUUGUUCUUGGUGUUAUAUCCAUUUGGGAUUUGGUGGCUGUUUUGACACCCAAAGGUCCUCUAAGGAUUCUGGUUGAAACGGCUCAAGAACGAAACGAACAGAUCUUUCCUGCCCUCAUUUAUUCAUCAACGGUGGUGUACAGUUUGGUCAAGAUGACUGCAGAAAACAGCCAGGACACCAGCAGUCGCAGGCAGGAUGGUGCCAGUAACACCAGCAGCCCUGCCACCACAAGUCCUGGUGACCCAGAAGGUGGGUUUACACAGGAGUGGGCAGAAACACAUGAAGAGCGAGCGGCACACAGAGCUCAGCAAGUAGGAAGAGGGCGAACUGUAGCAGAGCCUCCGGCACAGCAAGCUGUCAUGGAUGCUGAUGAUGAAGAGCGUGGUGUCAAACUUGGUUUGGGAGACUUCAUUUUCUACAGUGUUCUUGUGGGUAAAGCAUCAUCCUAUGGCGAUUGGAACACUACUCUUGCUUGUUUUGUUGCCAUCUUGAUUGGCUUGUGUCUUACACUUCUACUUCUGGCCAUUUUCAAGAAAGCGUUGCCUGCUCUUCCCAUUUCAAUUACAUUUGGGUUGAUAUUUUACUUUGCAACUCGUGAAAUUGUGCAGCCCUUUGCUGAUGUUUUAGCUACAAAACAAGCAUUUAUAUGA